GCAAAGCACUUUUAUGGCUGACACAUCCAUAAGCUGUUGCAUUACAAAAUCAAAAUAAUUUUUAUUACGUUUGUUUGUAUUAAAAAUCUUCAUUUUAACUUAAUAUUUCCUUAAACAGCUGCAAGCCCAGAACAUUCUAAAAUCCCACUUCUUUAUUAUUGGUUUUCAGUAACAAUCAGUCUCUUAGGCAGGACCCUUGGUGUGUUUGGACGUUGUAAAAGCUGCAGAUCUUCUGGCUUGUGUGUACCGAUUAACCUGGGUUUGUGACAGACAAAGGGAGGGGCAGAGACUGAGCAUGCUCUGAGAAAUCACCUAGCAACUGCUGCUCAGAAGAAGUCAGCAGCUGAGCAGCGCUCUGCAGAGCUGGCGGGCUGGCACAGUCUGCUCACUCUGCUCCCAGAGUGGCUCCAAGGCCCAGCUGCAUCAUGUUGGACCUGUGGACCAGCGUGAGUCUCUUGGAGUAGAAAAACUGGAAGCACACGCUCUGAGAGUUUGAUAACGCUUGGAUUAAGUGGUUUGGAGGAUCCUCCAGAUUUUUCUACAAAAACAGGCUUUAUGGGACACAAACACGAUCUUUAGAAAUUCUACUAUUGCAUGGCCGGAUUACUCGUUCCACCUUAUGGUGUGAUGGAAAGCACCUGUGGCUCAGACAGAAUCCCUGAUAAGGAAAACAUCCCCUUUGUUCCACUUUCCAAACAUCCAAAUAAAAAGUCUCUCAUUGAGAGUCCAGCCAAACCUCAGCCUAAAUGCAUGUCUCAGACUCUGUCAGAGAAGAUCCUACAUGCCGGGAAGAUUCUGCGGAACGCCAUCCUCUCCAAGGCACCUCACAUGAUCCGAGACAGAAAGUUCCACCUGAAGACAUACAGGCAAUGCUGUGUGGGGACUGAGUUGGUGGACUGGUUGAUGCAGCAAAGCUCGUGCGUCCACUCCCGUCCUCAGGCUGUGGGCAUGUGGCAGGUGCUGCUGGAAGAAGGUGUUCUCAAUCAUGUGGAGCAGGAGAUGAACUUCCAGGACAAGUAUCUUUUCUACCGUUUCCUUGAGGAUGAGAGGGAGGAUGCUCCUUUACCUAGCGAAGAAGAGAAGGGGGAGAGCCAGGAGGAGCUGCAGGAGGCCCUGCUUUUCCUGUCUCAGACUGGACCUGAUGCUCACCUGCGGAUGAUUCUGAGGAAACCAUCAUCUGACCGAGCAGCAGAUGACUUGGAGAUCAUUUAUGAAGAGCUGCUCAACAUCAAGGCCUUAUCUCAUCUGUCGACCACUGUAAAGAGGGAGCUGGCAGGAGUUCUUAUCUUUGAGUCCCACGCAAAGGCAGGAACUGUGUUGUUCAACCAAGGAGAUGAGGGUACAUCAUGGUACAUUAUUUUAAAGGGCUCUGUCGACGUUGUCAUCUAUGGGAAAGGUGUUGUCUGCACUCUGCAUGAAGGAGAUGACUUUGGGAAGCUGGCCCUUGUGAAUGAUGCGCCACGCGCUGCCUCCAUUGUCCUGCGAGAGGACAACUGUCAUUUCCUGAGAGUGGACAAGGAGGACUUUAACAGGAUUUUACGGGAUGUGGAGGCAAACACUGUGCGUCUUGAGGAGCACGGUCAGGAUGUCCUGGUGCUGGAAAAGACUCUGGGCAGCGCUCGAAACUCCGCCGACGGAUCCUCUGCAGUCCAUUACAAAUACAGGGUGAUGUCCGGGACGCCUGAGAAGAUUUUGGAACAUCUUCUCAAAAUGAUGCGCUUGGAUUUGCAGUUCACCGAAUCAGACUCAGCUUUAGAUGACUUUGUGCUAAUGCACUGUGUCUUCGUACCAAACAGCCAGUUGUGUCCAUUGUUGAGAGCACACUACCAUGCCCAGGCCUCUCAGGGCUCAGAGCAGGAGAAGCUGGACUACGCACUGAACAACAAACGCAGAGUCAUCUGCAUGAUCAUGAAGUGGGCUACAGUUCAUGAUGACCAGCUGCAACAGGAAGACGUGGCCUUCCUUCAGGAAUCUCUUAUUUCUGCAUCUAAUGAUGCCACGUGGCUUCCAGCCCUUGGGGAUCAGCUGACAGAACUGGAAAGAGUUGUAAAGCGCUGUGCUGAAGCUGCCAUGGCCUCCCAGAAAAAGCACAAAGUCUUCCUGCGGCAGUUCAGUUUGGGAGAAGAGAAGCCACAAAAACGCCAACCUAUCAGGGGCAGUGAUGAAAUUCUGUUCAAAGUCUACUGCUGUGACCACACGUACACCACCAUCAGAGUCCCUGUGGCCGCUUCGGUCCAAGAGGUGAUCAGUGCUGUUGCUGAUAAGCUGGGGUCGGUGGAGGAACUGAACUUGGUCCACCUGAGCUCAGCUGGAGAGAAAACCAUCUUCAAGCCAAACGAUGUGUCCGUUUUCUCCACGCUCAGUGUAAACGGACGUCUCUUUGCCUGUCGGAGGGACCAGCUGGAUUCUCUGACUCCUUUAUCUGAGCAGGGGGGUCCUUCUUCUGGGUCAUUAAGCAGCUUUGAGCUGAUGAGCUCCAAGGAUGUGGCUUACCACUUGACCUCAUACGAUUGGGAGCUUUUCCACUGUGUACAUGAGCUGGAGCUUAUCUACCACACAUUUGGAAGGCAACACAUCAAUAAGACCAGCGUGAAUCUGGACUUAUUCCUGAGGAGGUUUAAUGAAAUUCAGUUCUGGGUGAUAACAGAGAUCUGCCUGUGUUCUCAAAUCAGCAAGAGAGUGCAGCUCCUUAAAAAGUUCAUCAAGAUUGCUGCUCACUGUAAAGAUUACAAGAAUCUAAAUGCGUUCUUUGCCAUUAUCAUGGGAUUGAGUAACCCAGCAGUGAGCAGACUGAGUCAGACCUGGGAGAAACUUCCCAGCAAAUUCAAAAAAUUUUACGGAGAAUUUGAGAACUUAAUGGAUCCAUCGAGGAACCACCGCUCAUAUCGUCUGAUUUUCUCAAAGCUGGAGCCUCCCGUCAUUCCUUUCAUGCCUCUGCUGAUCAAAGACAUGACAUUCACCCACGAGGGCAAUAAAACAUUUAUUGACAAUUUGGUCAAUUUUGAGAAAAUGCGGAUGAUAGCCAAGACGGUGAAGAUUGUGAGAUACUGCAGGAGUCAGACAUUCAGUGAAGAUGCACCACUGCCCAGCAAGCACCACCCAGAUGUUUGGACCUAUGUUCGUCAGUUCAACGUGAUUGACAACCAAAGGAUAUUAACUCAGCUGUCUCAUGGACUUGAGCCCCGCAGGUCUUGAAACCACUCAGGGACAGAAAUAUUACCCUCUAAUGCUGCUUCACAACAUGACAUGUGCUCAGAUUAUUAUGAAUUUACUCCAAUCACAUGGAGGACCUAAUGAGGCACCAGAUAAUGACAUAUUGUUUCAAAAGCUGUUGGCUGACUAUUUAAGUCUUUUAUUACUGUAAUUUGGGAUUUUCAACAACAGUAAUUGUUGCCGGAUGAAGUACCUCUCAUAUUGGGGCAACACAGAAACCAUCUCAAACUCCAGCAAACCUCGAAAAAGACAAAGAUCUUAUUGAAGGAUGGGAAUUGUGAUGUUGAGUACAUGAUGCUUGCAAAAUUCUAAAUCUCAAUGUUACUCAUUUUCAAGUGUUUUGAAUCUUUUACCAAAUAAUAUUUGUACAUAUUCUUCCUUUUUUUUUUGUGCUGUAACUGGCUUAUUAUAUUUAAGAUGACUUUUGCAAAUGGAUGACUGUAAUGAUUAUUUAUGUGAACCCAAUUCUUUUAAAAAGUAUCUAAAGUUGUUGAUUUUUUUGUAUCACAUACAAUUUUUUAGAUGUAUUAGUGUACUGGAUUAAGUUUUCUUUUUCAUGUUUUGCUUUUAUAUAAAUAUGUAUAUAUUUUUCCUUUUAUUUUUUACAUUUUUCUACACCAAGAUGAGAGGAAUUACAAUAUUUGAAACAAUAGGAGAAAAUGUAAGGAGAAAAACUAAUGUCUGUCUUGGGCAAACCUUUUCUUAAUGGAAUAACAAAAUGUGUAUUUUUUCCUCCCCUUUUGAGGAAACUUGUGUAAAAAUUAAAAUCUCAUUGUUCCUUAAACACAUAAAUAACAACAGGACCCAAUAUAUUUAUUAAAAUUUUGCUAUAAGUUUUUGUUUCCAGAAUUUGUUUAAUAUUGCCAAAAUAGUAAAUGCUACAAAUAUUGAAUUCAUCUACAUGGGUAUAGACCAGAUUGCUGUUUUGCUGAUUAAUAACUAAUUUGUAUACAAUAAAAACUGGCUAUCUUGCACA